CUUUUAAAAUAUGUGACAAAUAUGCUGUCGACUAUUGUUAUUAAGAUUACAUAAAGAAAAUUAGAUGCCAAAAAAUAAUUACGUAUGGAUACUAAUUUUAGAAAUAAUUAUACUAACUAUACAUGUGCACUGUGAAUUUGAUGUUGAGUGAACUUUUUUAGCAAAAUAGUGUGGGGAUUUAAAAUUGACCAGAAAAAUGCCUGAAGAUGAUAACAUGUCCAACAAAGUUUUCCUUUGGGAGAAGUCGACGGAAAAAAGCCACGGCGGCAAGGAUUCCUUCAUUCAGUUCAAAAGCAACGAGGAUGAAGAGGAGGAGGAAUGCCGGUUGAAGGAAAAAGUUGUUACCUACCACGCGCCUCUGUCGGCUGAGGACGACAGAGGCGGAUGGGGAAACAAAUUGGACUUCCUAUUUUCUUGCAUAAGUUUGUCGGUCGGGCUAGGCAAUGUCUGGAGAUUUCCUUAUCUUUGCUUUAAAAAUGGUGGAGGUGGAUUUUUGAUAACGUACACCAUCGCCAUGAUUUUCUGCGGCAUACCCAUGUUUUUCCAGGAAGUGGCCAUAGGACAAUACUUAGGAUCAGGAGGGAUGACUUUCGUAGGACAGCUUUGUCCUAUAUUAAAAGGAGUUGGAUACGCUACUAUGACAAUAGUUUUCCUUUUGGAUGUGUAUUACUGCCUUAUAAUAUCCUGGACAUUGUUCUAUAUUAUUACAACUUUUUCCAAUAUGCCUAUACUGCCUUGGGCAAGCUGUGAUAACUGGUGGAACUCGAAGAAUUGUUAUACAGAAUCCAAUAGGACUUCAUCAAUGAAUUCUACCACUUCAGUAGAGGAGUUUUUUGAGCGUCGGGUAUUGGCAAUUUCAGAAGGUAUAGAGGAAAUAGGAGACAUCCAAUGGAAUCUAUUUUUGUGUUUGAUGAUUGGCUGGAUAAUGAUUUAUUUAGUGAUUAGAAAAGGCUUACAUCAAAGUGGAAAGGUGAUAUGGUUUUCCGCCCUUUUUCCAUACGUCGUCCUUUUGAUAUUCCUGGUGCGGGCGGUAACUCUCGAGGGGGCUUCAGACGGGCUUUUAUUCUUUAUAACUCCCCAAUGGGACGCACUCCUCACCCCAGAACCAUGGAUGGAGGGAGCUACGCAGAUAUUUUUUGCGUAUAGUAUUGGAUGCGGGGCACUGCCAGCUUUAGGAUCAUACAACAAGUUUCAUCAUAACUCUUACAAAGAUGCCCUGAUCACGUGCAUAGUGAACACGUUAACUUCGGUGAUGGCUGGAAUAGUGACCUUUUCGAUCCUGGGUCAUCUGGCUCUAGAGCAGGACACUGACGUGGCGCAAGUCGUCAAAAGUGGACCAGGUCUUGUGUUUCUCACUUAUCCCGAGGUUGUACUAAAACUGCCCGGGUCGCCUUUCUGGGCCACAAUAUUCUUUAUGAUGCUCAUGCUAUUGGGAAUUGAUAGCGAAUUCUGCUUGGUGGAGUCCUUUAUUACCGGAAUCAUUGACAAUUGGUCACAGCAAUUGCGACCUUAUCGCACAUCGUUCACGGCAAUUACCUGCCUCGUGAUGUUCAUUCUGGGAAUACCGAUGGUUACGAAUGGUGGAAUGUAUAUAUUCCAACUAAUGGAUUUCUACUCUGCAAGUGGUAUGUCCCUGAUUUGGGUGUGUUUUUUCCAAACAAUCGGCAUUUCCUGGGCAUUUGGUGUCGAUAAGCUAUCAGAUUGCAUCGAACAAAUGAUGGGGCGGAGACCCAAUAAAUUCCUCUGCGUAUGCUGGAAAUAUUUUGCACCCAUGACAAUGCUGGCGAUUUUCGUGAGCCACUGUUUCCAAUAUCGAAGCCUAACUUAUGCCGAAUAUAAAUAUCCCCAUUGGGCCGACGCUUUGGGUAUUUGUAUAAGUUUUAUGUCAAUGAUGUGGGUCCCUCUUUAUGCGAUUUAUUAUGUUUUAACCGAACCUGGAUCCAUAGUACAGAAUAUACGAGCAGGCUUUAAGGCCAAGAUAAAGGAAAGAAGAAUAUCCAUCUGUGAUAAAACCAAAGGAGUUCUAAUAACACAAAGUAACGUCGGACUUAUCACCCCUUCCAUAUCAAUAUCGCCAGAUUAAACAGUAUUUUUUUAUAUGAUUUUUUAGUUUUAGUAUUACGGUUCGAUUUUUGUACCGUUGAUUUAGAUUUAAACACCUAAUGUAUUCGUAGUCAUAGAUUUUCUAAUUUAGAAAUAAAAUUGUCUGUGAUUAA